AUGUAUCACUAUUGCAUUAGUAUCAAAAUUGCAUUAGAUGAUUUUAGUCUUAGUUACCGAUUUUAGUCACCGAGCCUAGACCCUUUUCCCAGCUGCUGCAUACAGGUAUAUUUCUGCUUCUUGUUCUUCUUUGUUUCUUUUAUCGUGUCAAUGUUUAAUAAGUGAUGUAAUUGUGUGUUGCUGAGAAAUAUACUUUUUAUCUAUCUAUAUAAUGCAGGUUCGAUCAGCAACAUCGACGACGCGGAAUACGCGUGCAACGCGACCGCCGUGCGCAAGGUGAUAUCCGGCGUGGUCGGCGCCGCCUCCAGCGUCACCUCCGUGCAAGUGUCGUUUUUCUCCACAUCUCCUGAGCUCUCCAACAAAGCAAGAUUUGAAUACUUCACACGAACUAUCCCCUCUGAUCUUCACCAAGUGCGGGCUAUGGUCGAGAUUGUAAAGAAACUCGGCUGGAGUUACGUCUCAAUAAUAUACGAAGAGUCCAGCUACGGAAUAAAGGCAUUUGAAGAAUUAGAAGCACUUUUGGCACGCAAUGGCAUCUGCAUAGCUGUCAAGGAGAAGCUGGUGAAAGACUCGGGAGUGGCAGAUGAAAGGGCAUAUGAUGAAAUCGUUCAGAAACUUCUGACCAAGCCACGUGCAAGAGGUGAGUCAUAUCACACAUGUCUACAACACUCAGGUGUCCAAAUUCAUUUAAGAAGUGGCAUUCGUUUACAUUGAAUCGGUAAUAAUGUUUCGUGACAUAAGUGAAGUGAGUUUUCGAAAUAACAUAGGAAUAGAAUAUCUGAGUGUAGGGACACAUAUGCCUACAUGUACAUGUACAGUUUAGUUUGUAAGAUGUUUAUAAACAAUUUGUUAGCGUCUGUAGAACAAAGACUUUUUAACUAG